AUGAUUACUUCAAUUGACAUAGCAGAUGUAACUUAUUCUGCCAAACCAAGAAUUUUGGUGCCUUAUAAAACCCAAUGGGAAGUCGCCAGUCAUCUUCCUGAAUAUCGCAAACUGGCAGAAAGGGUAGAAUUCUAUAAAUAUGAGAUGUCCACAAAGGAUGAUUUUGUUAAAUUUUUGGAAACUCAUAGAAUAAACGGCUUUUGGCUCACUGAGGAGUUUUUCACUGUGUUAGGAAACCCUUCGAGUUAUAUUGAAUUCUUCCCCGCAUCUUUAAAAGUAAUCCUUGUACCAUGGGUCGGCUGUGACUUUAUUGACGGUAAGUUAUUAAGAUCGAAAGGUAUCACUUUAUGCAACAUUGGACCACAUGCUGCUGACCAUGUCACAGAAUUGGCUAUUUUCCUAGCAAUUAGCUGCUUUAGAAUGACUUCAUUUUGGGAAUAUUGUUUUAAAUACGUGGAAAAUGGUAAUGUUGAACAGUGUAAGAAAUAUAUCUCUAGUGACUCGUAUGAAAUUGUUACAGAUAGUUACCACGGUCAGGAAAUGAAAUUUCCCUCUCGAACAGACAAAUGCAAGCCUAACAAGGAUAGGAAAGUGGUACAUUUAGCAGAAAAGUACACGGUUGGCGGGAAAAAAAUGGAAUCUCCAAUGAAUAAAAAAGUUCUAAUAUUGGGGUUUGGCUCCAUCGGACAAAAUAUAGGGUCUAACUUGCACAAAGUGUUCAACAUGAGCAUUGAAUACUACAAAAGGACCGGUCCCGUCCAAAAGAGUCUACUUGAUUACAACGCUAAGUACCAUUCUGAUCUAGAUGAUCCAAAUACUUGGAAGAAUGCGGAUUUGAUCAUUUUGGCCUUGCCCAGUACGGCCUCUACAAACAAUAUUAUCAAUCGUAAAAGUUUGGCCUGGUGUAAAGAUGGUGUCAGGAUAGUUAACGUUGGGAGAGGCACAUGCAUAGAUGAAGAUGUGCUACUAGACGCUCUUGAAUCUGGAAAAGUGGCAAGCUGUGGUCUCGAUGUGUUUAAAAAUGAGGAAACACGCGUUAAGCAAGAGUUACUUCGCAGAUGGGAUGUUACAGCUUUGCCACAUAUCGGCAGCACAGUUGCCGACAUGGUCAUAAAGCAGACACUCAUCACACUCGAGAAUGUGCAGGACAUAUUUGUCGAGGGAGGUGAUGGUAAGUAUGUGCUCAACUGA